CUCUCUGCAAAAAGCAACCCCCUCAUGAUAUCCUCCCUUCUUAAGUACAAUUCUAGUGCUUGAGAAAGAAAAACAAAAAUGAGGAGCAACACCAGAUCAUCAACAACAAAGCAAGGUAACAACAACAAAGGAGGAGGAACAAUGGAGAUAGAGAAGCUCAAGAAGCUAAAAGAUGAACCUCAUUUAUCCGGUGCUUAUAUCCGAAACCUCGUUAAGCAAUUAACCUCAUCAAGAAAAGAACCAUCACUUCCUAAUAUGAAUAAACAAGGUCAAGAUGUUGAUCAUGUGGAUGAAAAUGAGCAAAACCAAGGAACAACCACCAAUCACUCCAUUUCAUCUCCUAAAAACCAACCUCAACAACAACCACAACAACCUAAGAAGCAAGUUAGAAGAAGACUUCAUACAAGUAGACCAUAUCAAGAAAGGUUGCUAAAUAUGGCCGAAGCUAGAAGAGAAAUUGUUACUGCACUCAAAUUUCAUAGAGCUUCAAUGAAACAAGCCAAUGAACAACAACAACAACAACAACAAUCACAAUCUCUUCAUAACCCAUCUUCAUUUGAACAUGAACAACAAGAAAGAAGUAAGUACAGAAGAAAUCCUAGAAUUUAUCCAUCAAACACCACCACCACCACCAACAACAACAACAACAACAAUUUCACAAAUUACUUAGAGAAUUCUUCUUACUCAUCUUUUUCUUGUCCUACUCCUUGUCUUAUGCAACCAAAUAUGAAUCAUUUCUUGUCUUCUCCUUGUAUUGAACCAACACUCCCUAUUAUUGAUCAUCUCAAUCUCACUACUCUCCCUAAUUAUCAACCACUAGGCUUAAAUCUCAACUUCCAUGACUUCAACAAUUUAGACACCACUUCACUGUACUACAACAACAACAAUAGCCAAUUCUCCUCAAUGUAUUCUUAUCCAUCUCCAUCUUCAUCUUCUUCACCACCGCCUACGCUCGCGAGUACUAGCACCACCGAAGAAACUCAUUCUUUUGUUACAUCGCCGGAAGGUGUACUUCCUCAUUCAUUCCCGAUGACCGACAUGAUGAUAGAUGCCACCGUGGAGGAUAAUGGAUUGCACCCAACAAUGGAUGAUGACGAAAUGGCCGAGAUCCGUUCGAUAGGUGAACAACACGGAAUGGAGUGGAAUGACACGUUGAAUUUGGUUACCUCAGCUUGGUGGUUCAAGUACUUGAAGAAAAUGGAGAUAAACAAUAAUAAUUCACAUGAUCAUAACAAAGGAGGGUUGAUAUCCUCAGAUGAAGAUGGGAUUAUGAGUAGCAGCAAUUUGUUUGAUGAAGUCAUGGAGUUUCCGUCUUGGAUGAAUGCUAAUAAUACUAGCGAUGGUGAUGAAAGCUUCUUCUUACAACAACACUUGGAUGAUUCUUACUACUCUGAUAAUAAGGACUACUUUCAAGAAUCUGCUUUGCCAUGUAUGGAUAUUGGAGAAAUUGAUGGGAUGGACAACGAGUGGUUAGCAUAAUUAAGCCGGAUUUUGAUUAUUUUUACUAUCAAACCUUUGGCUUUUUUGAUAUAUUUAUUUUUUAGUUUAUAAAAAUAUAAAUUAAAAUAAGGUUUAGUUUAUUUGAGGGAGAAGAAAAACAAUAACAUUUGUUGAUGGAGAAGAGGAUAUUAUGGUGAGGUCUCUUUAUUAAUUAAUUUGAUCAAGUGUUCUAUUUA